CUUUGUCCUGUUUGUGAUCUGGUGGGGGUGUGAAGAUAGGGGCUUGGGACUAAAGCCAGAAGCUCUUUUAAUUUAUUUUCCGAUCGAUCCUCUACCGGUUUGCCUGGUCCUUAUUGACCUAGGGGACGCGCGUUUCUUAAAGAAUGCACUUUAUGCUUGUUUUCGUUUUUCUUUGUCCCCUUUUUCGGCUCCCAACCCAGGAAAUCGUUCGCCCUUUCGGUGUGAAAAGUCCCUUUUGGGGAGGUGGGAAGGGGCUACUGGAGGCCAAGCCCCUGGCAGCUUUUCACCCCGUCCUGUAGGCCGGUGGUCUAUCCAGGCUCUGCGGAUCCUUGAGCGAUCAGGGCACCCCAGGAUUUGGAAAAUAUACUAUGGUGGCUUGCUGCUGUUCAUCGCCUAUCGCGCGAUGGUCAGGUUCCCCUUGGUUUGGCCCAUCCCAGGACACCAGAUCCGAGGCUUCCUCCUCUCUCUGGAUUCGGAAGGUGUCUCUGCCCCCAGAAUCCUGACCUACCUCUCUGGCCUUUCCUACAUAUCCCACACUUUCAAUUUCCAGGAUCCGCUUCAGGACCUGUUCACUUCCCACAUGAUCAUCUGCAUGAAGUGGCAGCAAGAACCCCCGAUCCCGCUGAAUGUAGAGACCCUGGAAUCGGUGCUGGGAGCUCUCGAGAGCGUCUGCGACGACAUGUAUGAAUGCCUUAUGUUUCGGGCGGUGUUUCUGUUGUCUUUCCAUGCUGCGCUUCGCCCUAAAGAGAUUGUGGCCAAGGACUGCACCACUUUCCACCCGGAACUUCUUUGCCUGGAUGACAUUGAACUGGGGGAAGACUGUGUGGGCCUCCAUAUAACGGCUGCCGAGAUGGGUUCCGGCCGCUUCACCUACUGGUUGAGACCCUCUGAGCAACCAUGGCUUUGCCCUGUUCUGGCGCUCAAGAAUUACUUGGCAGUGAGGCCUCGUGGGGAAGGGCCUCUCUUCUUGUAUGGCAACUGGCGCCUACUGUGCAAGCGGCGAUUCUUGGAUGUGUUUCAUGGAGCUCUGAGGCGACUUAACCUCCCCACGGAACGUUAUCGCAUUCGCUCUUUUUGGCUGGGCUCGCUCACAAAUGCAGUCAGCUGUAAUUUCCCAGAGAGGGUCAUUCUUCAGUUAGCCAGGUGGCCAUGUCGACCACUUCCUGGAAGACCAGGAGUUAACAGCCAACCUUAAAAAAAGCCAAAAAUUACAUUGAUGCAAGUCAGCCUUAACUAUGGACUGUGCUUAAUUUUAUUAAUAAUUGCAACAUUCCCAGGGCGUGGGACUGGUAUUUUGGAAUCAAACUUUCAUAAGACUGUUUUCUGUAGGGAGACUGUUUUUGUACAACAGUCGUAACUUUUUGUCUAUUUCAUAUUGAAACAAUAGAGCAAAGGUCUUCAAGCUUGGUAAGUUUUAAGACUUGUGGACUUCCAACUCUCAGAAUUCCUGAGGUAACAUGACUAGAGGAGGAAUUCUGGGAGUUGGAAGUUCCACAAGUCUUAAAACUUGCCAAGUUUGAAUACCCCUGCAACAGAGUCUAGCUUUGGGUGUGAAAUUUUGGAUGAUGUGCUGAAUAUUCACUCCUUUGCUGUGACUGUUGCAUAACUUU